CGUUGAUAACAAACGGGUGGUAUGUCAUUUCCAUGGGGUGUUGCGGUCGACUAAAAUGACGUGAAAAGGUCCGUGUUACUGUUUAUAUCGGUUACUACUUGAUAAUGUCUGGAAACGAGCUAGCACGCUAACGUACAAUUCGCUUGGAGAUCUGAACUGGGUCAAUCCGCAGCACACGAGAUGAACCGCGGAGCUCGCAAUCUGUGCUUUUUGCAAGAUGAAAAGUUUGACUUCAACGUGUCCCUGUCGCCUGUCAGCUCAAAAGGAGAAGAAGAAGAUGAUGAUGAGGUGUUUGUGGGCCACACAAAGCAGUGUGUUUCUACUGACGUAUCCUCCCAGCCUGAGGAAGGUGGCGGAGACGUGCAGGCGGUCUGGACCCCACUGACUGCUGAUCAGCUGGAAGCUGUGUGUGAGGAAGCCCACAGACUCGCCAGCCAGCUGCAGUGCAGAGAACCACACGUCCAGAACACCAACACAACCCACACAGCCUCUGAUGUUGACAUGAACAGCAUGGCGACGACGGAGGAAUUCAUUCAGGACACUGAAGUGAAACUAGGACUGCUGGAUCACACUGCCAGCAGCCUCAGCCCCAUCAAACGUCAGACGUUCUGCGUACAGGACAGUCCCCUGCGGCAGCUGCCACCGGCCGUCCAGCACCACCUGCUGAGAGGGAGCAGCUCCAGCAGGGCUUCGUCCAGCCGCCCUGCUGCCAGACUCGUUACUUCUAGCCCCAUGGUCGGAGCCAGACCUCAGGCGAGACCAGCGCUGCUAGGGAAGACGGCGCUGGGGGCCGCCACAGCACUGCCAAGUAAACCAGUGGCCCCUGCAGGUUCCCGUUCAGCCAGCAGCAGCGGAGCAGAGAAAACCAGACUCCAGCCACCCAGCAGAACUGCAGGAGUUUUGAAGCGGAGCCCAUCCUGUCGUCUCAGAAACAAGGCAGGGUCAUCAGAAGAUCUGCUGUCUGACUCGGUGAGCAUGGCGUCUGAUACCAGCGACUGCUCCUUCAACUCCAGUCUGCUGGGGAAACGCUCACUGGUCCCACCCUCUAAGAAUGCUGGACUGAGAAAGCUCUCAGGCGUUAAAGCUCCACCUGUUCAGGGCUGGAAGGUCACAGACAGGAGGAAAACCUCUUCAUCCUCGUCCUCACUGUCCAGCUUUAACUCUAGCAUAUCUCAGUCCCCGGCUACAGGCAAAAUGAACUCCUCCUUAAACCGAAGCGUGACCAACUCCACGCUGCACGCCCCCUCUGGCCCCGCCCCCAGCAGCGUCCGCAGGGAGCCGGGUCUGAGCAGACCUCGCCGGUCCACUCUCUCUGCCUCGGCAGAGCCACUUUCUUCCAGAACCGGCUUUCGCUCCCAGCCCACUCAGGCCAAAAAGCCUCCUGAUGCGGAGCAAGCUAAAGCUGCCAGGUCCACACAGUUAAAGAGAGCCGAGUCCACACCAGUCCAACCAACCCCCCCAAAGAGAACCGGAUCUGUCGGCGCCACCUGCUCAGUCCGGCUGCAGAGCGGAGUGAAGACCAGAUCUAAACCCAGAGGAUUGGUUCAUCCAACCUCCAACAUGGCCGACAAUGCAGAAGGUGUAUCCAAGGUGAUGAAGCCAAAACGGCUGUCAACCAGCAGCACAGACAGUCGUCCUCAGAAGCUGUCAGCUGGCUCUCUGAUGCCCUCUGUUGGCAGCAGUAAGCUUCAGCAGGUGGCUGCACGGCACCCUUCUGCCCUACCCACCCCAGUUAAGCGCAGACCCUCCACCUUCCAGCCCCCCUCCAAUCAGAACAGGACACUCAGGACGCCAUUUAGGUCAGACUCCAGCAUCCCUCGCACUCCGAGUUCAGCAGAGAAACAACAGAGGUGUAGCCCGGUUCCAAAACGCAAACAAGAGGAAGAGCCUGUUCAUUGCCCUGACAUCCAGGCUUUCUGUCUGGAAGAGGAGGAGCCUCCCGUCAUCCUGCCUUCCAUCAGUCCAGAGACAAAGCAAACACAAAAUACGGAUCUUGGAGCGUCAACGGUGAGCGAAACGGUUCCCAAUCCGGUGGAACUGGAGGAGACGGAGGAGAGCGCAGCCACAACCCAAGAGGUUCUCCUGCUGGAUCUGCCUCCUCCGAGCCUUCAGCCCCAAGAGAAGCUCCUCAUCGAUCUGGCCAAUACACCUGACCUGAUCCGCACCAGCAGCAAGAGCUGCACCACCACCCAGCUAAUUGAUCUGAGCUCUCCUCUUAUCAAGUGGAGUCCAGAGGAUAAAAAAGAGAACAGCGCUCUGCUCAUCAACCUGUCCUUCUGAUUCUCCAAACAUCUCCCAUCAAUAACUUGAAUCAACUGAGAGCCAGGGCUCAGUCAAAUCAGUGUCAGUGAUGUUUUCAGUAAGCCACCGGAUUAUGUUUGAAAUGAUUAAAAAUAUUUGUGAGAAUGCUGUUAUUAAUUUCAACUGAUUGUACUUUUAUAUGUCUCCUCCUUGCUGCUUUUAUUUUCUGAAUAAAUGUUGGUCAACACUGUCGACCUGUCAUGUU